AUGUCGUCCACCAGCGAACAGCCGUGCGAGAGGCAGCUGGCGGCCGAGAUCGAGGCGCUGAAGGGUGCGCUGGCGGACAAGCACUCGCAGCUGCUGGCGAUGGAGAGCGCCUGCCUGCAGGAGAGCGACCGGCAGGUGGAGCUCGAGGACAGCAUCAUCGCGUGGCAGGACAAGUACGAGCGGCUGUACGAGUCGCACAAGCGCGUCCAGAAGCUGAACCAGAACCUGGAGGACAAGCUGCUGAAGCUGGUCGACCGGAACUCGGGCGAACGGGCCCAGCUGACCGGCGACGUGGCGACGCUCAGCGUCCGGCUGGCGCAGGCCAACUACAACAUCCAGAGCCUCAAGCGCGAAAUAGAGCGCUACAAGACCGACAUCAGCGUGGCCAUCCAGCUACUGCAGUGUAAGCCGGACAGCUUCGUCUCGCCAAAACUUUCCUCGCUUCCGAUCGAAAUUCAGUCAAAGGUCGCCACGUACAUGCGGCUAGAGACCAACUCGCACUCGGACUCGGAGGGCAGCACGAGCGGCGUCGGCGUGGCCACCGCCAACGCCUACCACGUCCUGCCGGCCUCCGACAGCCCGCCACCGCUCUGCCCCUUUCCCCCCACUGCCAUGGUCUAUUCCAUGCGAGGGCUCGGUAAGUGUUAG